AUGAGACGCACGCACGCCUCCCCUGGCGGCGCGGCGCCGGCCGCAAGAGUUGCAGUGCUCGCGCUGCUCGCGGUUCUCGCAACCGCAGCCGCGGCAUGCUGCACGCCGCCGUGCCCAUCCAGCGCGCCGCCGGUGACUUUUGCCGCGGCGGCCCGACGCCUGCGGCAGUCUGGCGACGAGCCUGAGCUCGCCGAUCGCAAUGCCGCAGCCGCCAAAGAGGAGGACGUAUCGGGGCAGUCGGCUGGCGGAGAGGUCAACACCUCUGGAAAGCACGACAAAGCCAGCAGGAAGGACGAGGCAGGUGACACGGCCCCUUCCAAGGCGCCUGCCACGGAGGAGGAUGCAGCGGCGGGCGCGAGAAGCAGCGACGGUGGCCGCGGGGAAGAGGAGGGGGUCGGCGGAGCCGGGUGGCAGGGGCCGGCCGCACCUAAGGGUGUCGCGGGUGGGCAGGCUAAGGGGAGCGGCUCAAAGGCGGGGCCGGCGGCGGGUGCCGGGGCCGGCGGCGUUCGCGAGGGCGAUGCUGCAGACCAAGAAGAGGGCAGCAGCAGCGCGGCAGCAGGGCAAGGCGCUGACGCGGCGGCAGACGAGGAGGGCGCCGGCGCCGAGCGCAGCCGCGGCGCGGCGGCGCGCGCCGGCGCCGCGGGCGCCGGCGACGGCAAGGGCGGGAAGGGCAAGCCGGCGAGAUCUGCGGCAGGAGGCACCGACGAAGAUGCGGAACCCGGCGCGCCUGGGGCCGCUGGCGACGAGGGUAGCGAGGCUGAGGACGAGGCACCCAAGGCGAAACCGCGUGCCGGCAAGAAGAAGAAAUUUGAUGAUUUUGAGGAUGGGAUAGUGGAUGAGGACGGGUCGGAAGACGGCGGCGGCGCGGCGGCCGGCGGGACGGGCGCGCGCGC